UAAAAAACAUAAUUGGAAAAACCUAACCCUAGAAAUCCAAAACAACAAAAGAAAAAUCCGAACAAGUAAAGGAUUAAGAUUUCGCGUUUGAGUUGGAUUUCCAAGACGGUUGAUGCUGAGUUUUGGUGGAGUUGAAGAGGAUCAAAGAGAGGGUUCUUCCAAUAAAUGAUCUCUCUUUAUAUCCCCUUCAAAGUGGUUUCCUCUUUCAUGUCUUCUUCAAUCAUAUCCUCUUUAUUCUCUUCACAUUCAGGGUUCUCCCAAGCCCUAGGCUUUGAUCUUUUCUCUAUAGUUCUCGUUUCAUCUCAAACUUCUCCUUUGCAUAAAACAUGAGUGAUUCUAAGGUAUUUGUUUUUGGGUCCUUCACUGAAGAUGAAACCAGGUCAAUGCUGUCAAAACAGUCACCUGGGAAAUCUGAAAAGCCUGUGGAAAAGAAGGAAUUGCGAUUUGGUUCUUUUAAUUGCUCAGCUGGAGGGUCUUUGGGAAGUACCAAUGGUAAUUUAAGCAACAAGCUAAGUUUCUCGAAUGGGGCUGUUGAGUCUUCAUCCUCAACUUCUCUAAUUGAGGAGGUAAAAAGUAGUCAAACAAGAAUAGAUCAUUCCUCGAAUGCAACUCAAAUUCCAAAAGAAUCUGCAAGUGCCAAGAGUUCGGGCAGUAGUGGCAUCAAUAAUGGCAUAAAAAAGCCGAAUGCAAAAGGCAUUGAUGCAACUCCACUGCAACUAUCCCUAAAUGAAUAUGGUCCUUUGAAUGAUUCUCGGAGUUCAAAAUUUCACAUCCUUGAGAGCCACAUUAUAGAGGGUAUAGAUCAGAAUGGGACGAAAGAUAUUUCAGUAGUAAGAUCUGUUCAAGGAGACAUUGCAAAAGAAGCGAAGGAUCCAAUUAAAGUUGUUAAAAAUUUAUCACCCCGUGGCUUGAUUAACUCUGGAAAUUUAUGCUUUCUCAAUGCCACUUUACAGGCUCUCCUAUCCUGUUCUCCUUUUGUCCAGCUCUUGCUGCGAUUUAGAUGUUGUAAGGUGCCCAAGGUUGGCUAUCCAACAUUAACUUCUUUUGCUGAGUUUCUAGACUUUGAUGUGUCAUUCGCCGAUUCUAGUUUGAAGAAAAAGGAUACAAAAGCCCUUGAGAUCGGGAGACCUUUCAGCCCUGUCAUGUUUGAAUCUGUCCUUAAAAGCUUUACGCCAGAUGUUCCAAAUAGCAUAUCUGGUAGGCCAAGGCAGGAAGAUGCUCAGGAAUUUUUAAGUUUUAUCAUGGAUCAAAUGCAUGAUGAAUUGGUUAAGCUUCAAGGGCAGUCCAGUAGCUCAAAUGGGGUUAGGUCUUCACUAGUUUCUUCUGAGGAAGAUGAUGAAUGGGAGACUGUUGGACCAAAAAACAAAUCUGCAGUCACAAGAACUCAAAGCUUCCUUCCAUCAGAGUUAAGUGAUAUUUUUGGAGGACAGUUGAGAAGUGUGGUGAAGGCAAUAGGAAAUAAAGCUUCUGUUACUGUUCAACCAUUUCUAUUGCUCCACCUUGAUAUCCAUCCUGAAGCUGUUCAUACUAUUGAGGAUGCACUUCAUUUGUUCUCGGCACCAGAAAAUCUUGAGGGUUAUCGUGCAUCGACAGCUGGGAAGGCUGGUGUUGUUACUGCCAAAAAAUUUGUCAAGAUACAGACACUUUCAAAGAUAAUGAUUUUGCACCUGAUGCGCUUUAGCUAUGGAAGCCAGGGGAGUACUAAGCUGCAUAAGCCUGUACACUUCCCACUUGAGUUGGUAUUGGGUCGGGAACUACUUGUUUCUCCGACCAUUGAGGGCCAAAAUAUGAACUUGUUGCUACGAUAACCCAUCAUGGAAGUGAGCCCUCCAAGGGGCAUUAUACGGCUGAUGCUCGUUAUCCCAACGGCCAAUGGCUGCACUUCGAUGAUGCUUCUGUCACUGCCAUUGGGACAAACAAGGUGUUACAUGACCAAGCAUAUGUUCUCUUCUACCAACAAACAUAGAAGUCCCGGUUUUUAUACCUCAUUCGCACAAUAUUCAACCUCUUUGAUUAUUCCUUCCCGUUUAACAGUUGGUCAAGACUCACGCCUUACCUUCAGAUGGAGAAUUUAACUGGAACUGAUAUAUAUAGAUCAUCUUUUGUAACGAUAAACUGAGGAAGUCCUUGAAAUUUUUCUAAUGUUUCUUAAGUAGUGAUUUUGUUUUGUUUUCUUAUUAUU